AUGUCUCCAAACGAUUCAUGGGCAGACAAGCUGCUGGAGGCCGCUCGAGCGCGGAACAUUAUCUUUUCUGGCUCUGAGAUUCAAGAAAUCCGGUCGGCCAAUCCAAAAUCUUUGGUGGCUAGUUGGAUACAAGAGAAUCUUGUGCGAUCGAAUCCCUUGUCGUGCGAAGAGCUCGCAUUAUGGCAGCAACUGGAAGAUGACGCAGCUCUCAGAGCCGUGUGCAAAGGGACUGACUCGAUAACCAUUCCGUCCACGGAUGGGGAGGUUCAAUCUGCCAUCACGGCUCUCCAUGCCUCAACAAGGGCCAUUGAGAAGCGAAUGAGGAUCCUCACCGCUCAAAAUGCGCACUUGAUUCGGCCAGCAGCCUCAGAGAACGCUUCUCGAAUCCGCAAGUCAUGCCAUGCACAGCACUUCAGCCAGAAAGAAGCUGCUGAGGCUCAGCACGUCAGAUUUGUCAACGAACAGCUGUUCGACACUCUGAGGACAGACCUCCAAGACGAGCGUGACAAUAUAACCAGAGACAUCAAGUCCGUCACGCCGAUUGUGACCGAAGUCCUCAACUCAGACGACCGUGCCCUUGCAGAGCUCGACGAACCGCCUUCUAAUACGCCGAAAGUCACGCUCGAUGUGGAUGCGAUACGAGACCGAGUGGCCAGACUCACUGCUGCAUUGCGAUAUUUCCGCACCAAAGCCAUCAAGGACAGCCUUGACCGGACGUAUCUCCAGAACCUUGAUGGAAAUCCAGGGACCGUCCAGCCAGCUCAAGAAGUCUCUGCCGCGAUGAUCAAGGAGAUCCAAGACGACCUGGGCUCUCUAUACACAGAGAUCAAUGAUGUUGUUACCAUGGUAGUGGCACAGGAGUAUGGGAAUCCAAUCGACGCAACCAUUUCACGCCUCGAGCGGAAUCUUCAGCAGCAGAACCGAGAGCUUACUGAACAGAUUUAUCGCAAGCUUUCGUCUCUUACGGUGUCCCUCGAGACUCUCUCCGCGAAGCUGGAAAAUCUGCAGUCCCAAAGACUGGCGUUGCACCGCCUGUCCUCGCAGACUCAGACGCUUGAGUCGAUCAUUCUCUCUCGCCCAAAGCCAUCUGUUGUGCGGUCACAGGCAGAAGACGCGCAACCCAGUAAUCCCGCAGCGAUGGCACUCUUCCAGCAUCUUGGCCUCUCCACGUGCAUGGACAGCUCGACAAUGACACUAAACAAGCAACUCGACAACCUAGUCGCGAAGCUCGAGCGUCGGCCAAGAGAAAUUGUCGAACAAGUCGUGCGAAACGCGGAAGAAGCAGCGACAAAGAGACGUGCGGUGUUGCAGGACGUCUCGAAGGCCCUUGCCACCAAUUCGUCCCACGAAUCAGAGGUGUGCGUCCUGGAACAGAGGAUAACGGAAGCGAGGGCGGAGCUACAGUACCUUGGAACAAGUCGGCAACUGGCAAUCCUUCCAGGCUCUGCUUUAAGUAUGGCUAGAGCUACGAUACCAGUCGAUCUGCAAUGUGGCUCAGUCUGA